AUUAGCUCCAUGCUAAUAUCGGCAGGAGAGCUACAGCAUCGCGUUUCUGUCUAGCCUACUGCAUCUCCAGUCAGUGGUGGCUUUCAUAGUCCAAACAGGCUCCUUCACAGCCAUGGCUGAGGGCGGAGAAGGAGAGGAUGACAUCCAGUUCCUGCGAACUGAUGAUGAGGUGGUGCUUCAAAGUGUCGCCACCAUCCAGAAAGAGAAUCGCAAGUUUUGUCUGUCCGUGGAGGGACUCGGUAAUCGACUAUGCUUCCUGGAACCUACAUCUGAGGCUAAGUAUGUUCCUCCUGACCUGUGUAUCUGCUGUUUCAUCCUGGAGCAGUCCCUGUCUGUCCGGGCCCUGCAGGAGAUGUUGGCUCACACGGUGCCUAACAACGAAGGGAAAGCGGACCAUGAACAGUGGGCGGCCCAGGGGGGUGGACACCGGACCCUGCUCUAUGGUCACGCCAUCCUCCUACGUCACUCCUUCAGUGGAAUGUACCUGACCUGCUUGAAGACGUCGAGAUCGUUGACAGACAAACUGUCGUUUGACGUGGGAUUACAAGAACAUUCAAUCGGUGAGGCAUGUUGGUGGACCAUCCAUCCUGCGUCCAAGCAAAGGUCAGAGGGAGAGAAGGUCCGUAUCGGAGACGACCUAAUCCUGGUCAGCGUGUCCACAGAGAGGUACCUGCACCUGUCCAUCUCUAACGGUAGUUUCCAGGUGGAUGCCUCCUUUAUGCAGACUCUGUGGAACGUCCAGCCUACCCGGUCAGGAAGCAACGUGGCUGUAGGAUUCCUGUGUGGUGGUCACGUGAUGCGUCUGUGUCACGGACAUGAUGAGAGUCUGACCAUACCUGGAUCAGAGGCCAGCGAAAUGGAGCAGAGGAUAGUGAACUAUGAAAUGGGAAAAGGAACGUCCAAGGCCCGCUCCCUCUGGAGGCUGGAGCCCCUCAGGAUUGGCUGGAGCGGCAGCCACAUUCGCUAUGGGCAGGCGUUCCGUCUGCGUCACCUGUCUACCGGUCACUACCUGGCGCUGACCGAAGAGCAGGGUCUGGUCCUACAGGAGAGAGAGAAGUCCGAUACCAAGUCCACCGCUUUCUGCUUCAGGGCUACCAAGGAGAAGAUUGAGUCUGGUACGAAGAACCGGGACAUUGAAGGCAUGGGAGUAGCAGAGAUCAAGUACGGAGACUCAGCCUGCUUCGUGAUGCACGUGGCUACAGGACUGUGGUUGUCCUACCAGACGCCUGACGCUAAAGCCUCCCGUAUAGGACCCCUCAAGAGACGGGCCUGUCUGCAUGCUGAGGGUCACAUGGACGACGGUCUGACCCUUCAGCGUUGUCAACACGAGGAGGCACGGGCUGUACGCAUCAUCAGGAACACCACAGUCCUCUUCAGCCACUUCAUCAAGGGUCUGGACAGUAUUGGAAGGGAUAAGAACGUGGCGGUGUCUCUGCCUAACUUUGACGAGGUGUUGCAGACGCUGGAUGAUCUCAUUGAGUAUUUCAAACAGCCCGACUCAGAGCUGGAACAUGAGGAGAAACAGACUCUGCUGAGAUCUCUCAUCAAACGACAGGACCUCUUCAAAGAGGAGGGCAUGCUGACCCUGCUGGUGAUGUGCAUCGACCGGCUCAACCUGUACAACAGCGCUGCUCACUUUGGAGAGCAUGCUGGGGAAGAGGCUGGGGCGGCAUGGAAGAGCAUCCUCAACCUCCUCUACCAACUACUGGCCUCUCUGAUCAAAGGGAACAGAAACAACUGCACCCAGUUCUCCAGGAACCUGGACUGGCUGGUCAGCAAGCUGGAGAGACUGGAGUCCUCAUCAGGUAUCCUGGAGGUUCUCCACUGCAUCCUGAUAGAGUCUCCUGAAGCUCUGAACAUCAUCCAGAGAGGACACAUCAAGUCCAUCAUCUCCCUGCUCUACAAACACGGACGCAACCACAAGAUCCUGGACGUCCUGUGUUCUCUGUGUGUGUGUAAUGGGGUGGCUGUGAGAGCCAAUCAGAACCUCAUCUGUGAUCACCUGCUUCCCAAGAGAGACCUGCUCCUGCAGACACGAUUGGUCAAUGAUGUUCAGAGUAUGAGGCCCAACAUCUUCCUAGGAGUGGCGGAGGGUUCAGCCCAGUAUAAGAAGUGGUACUUUGAGCUGAUGAUCGACCAGGUGGACCACUAUGUGACCAGUGAGCCAUCUCACCUGCGUGUGGGAUGGGCCUCCACUAAGGGUUACGCCCCCUACCCGGGGGCUGGAGAGGGCUGGGGGGGCAAUGGGGUGGGGGAUGACCUCUACUCAUACAGCUUUGACGGACUCUACCUGUGGUCAGGCCGUAUCCCCCGGGCAGUGGCCUCCAUCAACCAGCACCUGUUGAACAACGAUGACGUGGUGAGCUGUUGUCUGGACCUGGGAGCUCCUUCCAUGUCCUUCAGGAUCAACGGCCAGCCAGUACAGGGCAUGUUUGAAGACUUCAACACUGACGGAUUCUUCUUCCCUGUGGUCAGCUUCUCAGCCGGGGUCAAGGUGCGUUUCCUGUUGGGUGGUCGUCAUGGUGACUUUAAGUUUCCCCCGGCGGGUUACUCCCCGUGUUACGAGGCGCUGCUCCCCAAGGAGAAGAUGAGGGUGGAGGCUGUGAAGGAGUACAAGAGGGACCAUGGAGGGGUCAGGGACCUACUGGGGACAACACAGAUCCUCUCCCAGGCCUCAUUCAUCCCCACUCCUGUAGACACCAGCCAGAUUGUUCUGCCUCCUCACCUGGACAACGUGCGGGACAGACUUGCAGAGAACAUCCAUGAGCUGUGGGGCAUGAACAAGAUCGAACUGGGCUGGUCCUAUGGCAAGGUUCGAGAUGACAACAAGAGGCAGCACCCUUGCCUGGUGGAUUUCACCAAGCUGCCUGAAACAGAGAGCAACUAUAACCUGCAGAUGUCUAGUGAAACUCUCAAGACCCUGUUGGCACUGGGAUGUCAUGUGACACAGACUAACAUUAACGCUGAGGAAGAUCUGAAGAAAGUCAAACUGCCCAAGGACUAUGUGAUGUCUAACGGGUACAAGCCAACGCCACUGCAGCUGUCUGAGGUGAAACUGACGGCUGGUCAGGAGGUCCUGGUAGAUAAACUGGCGGAGAACGCUCACAACGUGUGGGCCAAGGACAGGGUCAAACAAGGAUGGACGUACGGCAUCCAGCAGGAUGUGAAGAGCAGGCGUAACCCUCGCCUGGUGCCUUACGCUCUGCUAGACGAGAGAACCAAGAAGUCUAACAGAGACAGUCUGAGGGAGGCCAUCAGGACCCUGGUGGGAUACGGCUAUGACAUCGACCCCCCAGACCAAGAGUCCUGUCAUAUCGUGGAGAGGCAGAGCAUUGAGACGAUCCGGUUCUUCCGCGUAGAGCAGACGUAUGCAGUGAAGACAGGGAAGUGGUACUUUGAGUUUGAGGCCCUGACCGGAGGGGACAUGAGGGUUGGCUGGGCUAGACCAGGCUGUAGGUCAGACUUUGACCUGGGAAUGGACGACCAGGCCUACGUCUUCGAUGGAUACAAGGGUCGUCGUAUGCACAUGGGCGCACGUUUCUUCGGCCAGUCAUGGAACAAAGGAGACGUGGUGGGCUGCAUGAUCAACAUGGAGGACAAGUCUAUGGUCUUCACCCUCAACGGAGAACUAAUCAUCACUAACAAGGGAUCCGAGCUCUGCUUCGUCGACUUCGAGACAGAGGAUGGCUUCAUCCCAGUGUGUUGUCUGGCCCAGUCUGAGAUUGGCCGUAUGAACCUGGGGAAGGACGCCAGCACCUUUAAGUACUACACCAUGUGUGGCCUGCAGGAAGGCUUCGAACCCUUCGCCGUCAACAUGAACAGAGAGGUCACCAUGUGGUUCAGCAAACGCCUGCCUACCUUCGUCAACAUCCCCAAGGACCACAGCCACAUCGAGGUGACACGGAUAGAUGGGACAGUGGACAACCCUCCGUGCCUGAAGGUGACCCACAAGACAUUUGGGACCCAGCAGAGCAACAGUGACAUGCUGUACUGCAGACUGAGCAUGCCCGUAGAGCUCCACGCUCCUCAUGUCAAUCCUGAUGAGUCUCAAAAACUCAGUCAGCCACCAAAAGAAGAUGACUAUGGCAGCAUUACAACAUACUAUCACUCAGUGAGAGUGUUUGCUGGCCAGGACCCGUCGUCAGUGUGGGUUGGCUGGGUAACCCCUGACUACCAUUACCAUAGCAAACACUUCAGCCUUAACAAGACACGCACGGUUACCGUAACCCUGGGAGACGAGAGGGGACGAGUCCACGAGAGUGUUCGGAGGAGUAACUGCUACAUGGUGUGUGCUGGAGAUGUUGUUGGCUCCUCCCACUCCUCAUCCCGGUCUAACAUCGACCUGGAGAUUGGCUGUUUCGUUGACCUAGCAACAGGCUUUCUCUCCUUCACAGCCAAUGGCAAGGAGCUGGCCACAACCUACGAGUUGGAGUCCAACAGCAAGCUGUUCCCUGCUGUGUUUGUGCGUCCCACCAGCACCAACCUCUUCCAGUUUGAGUUUGUCAAGAUCAAGGACGCCAUGCCCCUGUCGUCAGCCAUCUUUAAGAGUGAACAACGUAACCCUGUGCCCCAGUGUCCACCACGUCUGGACGUUCAGACCAUCGUAGCGGUGCUGUGGAGCCGUAUGCCCAACACCUUUCUCACCGUGGAGACCGCCAGGGUCUCCGAGAGACACGGCUGGGUGGUGCAGUGUCUGGAGCCACUGCAGAUGAUGGCUGUUCAUAUACCUGAGGAAAACAGGUGUCUGGACAUCCUGGAGCUAUCGGAGAAUGAGGGUCUGAGGAAGUUCCACUACCACACCCUGAUGCUCUACUGUGCCCUCUGCGCAUUGGGCAACACCCGUGUGGCACACGCCCUCUGCUCCCACCUCGACCAAUCACAGCUGCUCUACACCAUCGACAACCAAUACCUGUCCGGCAUGCUGAGAGAGGGAUUCUAUAAUGUUCUUAUGAGCAUCCACCUGGAGACAGCGAAAGAGGCUCGUCUGAUGAUGAACAACGAGUUUAUUAUCCCUGUGACAGAUGAGACGCGCUCCAUCAAGCUGUUCCCUGACGAGUCCAAGAGACACUCUCUACCCGGUGUAGGCCUCAGCACCUCGCUGAAACCACCUCUCAACUUCUCCCCUCUCUCCUUCAUCACCACCAAGAAACAGCAGCACCUCCACAGUCCCCAGAUCCCCCUGGGCAUCCUGAAGGAGAAGGCCAUCAGUAUGCUGACUGAGGCGGUGCAGGGAGGAGGCAGUCACAUCAGAGACCCAGUAGGGGGCAGUGUGGAGUACCAGUUUGUCCCCAUCCUCAAGCUGAUCGGGACCUUGCUGAUCAUGGGGGUACUCUCCAGCGAGGAGGUGAGGCUGAUCCUGCUCCUCAUUGACCCUAAUGUGUUCGGGGAGCCGGAGGAGGAGGUGGCAGCAUCAGCAGGAGGAGGAGAGAAGGAGGAGGUGAGCAGCAACGAGGAGAAGGCUGUGGAGGCUGGUGAGGAGGAGACCAAGGAGGUCAAACCGACUGUGAAGGGACUGCUGGAGAAGACACUGCCUGAGUCUGUCAAACGACAGAUGUGUGAACUGCUUCACUACUUCUGUGACUGUGAGUUGAAGCAGCGCAUCGAGGCCAUCGUGUCCUUCUCAGACAGCUUCGUGUCCAAGCUGCAGUACAACCAGAAGUUCAGGUACAACGAGUUGAUGUUGGCCCUCAACAUGUCUGCUGCCAUCACCGCCAAGAAGACCAAGGAGUUCAGAUCCCCUCCUCAGGAACAGAUCAACAUCCUGUUAAACUUUGCUGCUGGGGAGGACUGUCCCUGUCCUGAAGAGAUUCAGGAGGACCUCUACAAAUUUCAUGAUGAGCUGAGACUGCACUGCGGCAUCCCAGUGGAGGAGGAGGAGGAGGAGGAAGACACGUCUAUAAAGGGUCGUCUGCUGGCCAUGCUCUAUAAGAUCAAGGGACCGCCCAAGAAACUAGAGGAGGAACCUACGGAGGAGGAACAGGCCACUCCCACCAACCUGAAGGAGUUGAUCAGCCAGACCAUGGCUAGCUGGGCUCAGGAGUGCAGCAUCCAGGACCCAGAGCUGGUUCGUGUGAUGUUCAGCCUGCUGAGACGUCAGUACGACGGCAUCGGAGCGCUGCUCAGGGCCAUGAAGAAGAGUUACACCAUCUCUGCUGUGUCAGUACAGGACUGUGUCAACCUCCUGGCCUCUCUGGGCCAGAUCAGAUCACUACUGUCUGUACGCAUGGGGAAAGAAGAGGAGAAACUCAUGAUCGACGGACUGGGUGACAUAAUGAACAACAAGGUGUUCUACCAGCACCCCAACCUAAUGAGAGUCCUGGGGAUGCAUGAGACUGUCAUGGAGGUCAUGGUCAAUGUGCUGGGAGGAGACAAGUCACAGGAGAUAGCCUUCCCCAAGAUGGUUGCCAGCUGCUGUCGGUUCCUGUGUUACUUUUGUCGUAUCAGCCGACAGAACCAGAAGGCCAUGUUUGACCAUCUCAGCUACUUACUGGAGAACAGCUCUGUCGGACUGGCCUCCCCAGCAAUGAGGGGUUCUACUCCCCUGGACGUAGCAGCGUCUUCAGUGAUGGACAACAACAGCCUGGCCCUCGCUCUGGAGGAGCCUGACCUUGAGAAGGUGGUAACCUACCUGGCAGGCUGUGGGCUGCAGAGCUGUGUCAUGCUCCUGGCUAAAGGAUAUCCUGACAUUGGCUGGAACCCCAUAGAGGGAGAGAGAUAUCUGUCUUUCCUCCGCUUCGCUGUCUUCAGCAACGGUGAGAGUGUAGAGGAGAACUCUAACACGGUGGUGAAGCUGCUGAUCAGGCGUCCCGAGUGUUUUGGUCCCGCUCUGAGAGGAGAGGGGGGCAACGGUCUGCUGGCAGCCAUGCUGGAAGCCAUUAAGAUAUCUGAGGACCCUGCUCUGGACCUGCCCUGUACAGCCAAUGGAGAACCUUCUGGGUCUGGUGAGGAUGAGGAGGAAGAGGUUGCCCACACAGGAAACGCCAUCAUGUCCUUUUACUCUGCCCUUAUUGACCUGCUGGGACGCUGCGCCCCUGAGAUGCACUUGAUCAACAAGGGUAAAGGUGAGGCAUUGCGUAUCCGGGCCAUCCUGCGCUCCCUGGUUCCUACCACAGACUUGGUGGGCAUCAUCAGUAUACCACUCAAGAUGCCCAUUGUCAAUAAAGACGGUAGUGUGACAGAACCAGACAUGUCGGCUAGUUUCUGUCCGGACCACAAGGCCCCCAUGGUGUUGUUUCUGGACCGUGUGUACGGCGUGGAGGACCAGAGCUUUCUGCUACACCUGUUGGAGGUGGGCUUCCUGCCUGACCUCCGCGCCUCCGCCUCCCUGGACACGGAUGUGUUAAGCACCACAGAGACCGCUCUGGCCAUGAACAGGUACAUCGGUUCGGCCCUGCUUCCCCUGCUGACCAGGUGUGCUGACCAGUUCUCGGGCACGGAGCACUACGCAGCGCUCAUUGACUCUACCCUCCACACUAUCUAUCGGCUGUCCAAGGGCCGCUCCCUCACCAAGGCCCAGAGAGACUCUAUCGAGGAGUGUCUGCUUGCCAUCUGCAAACAUCUGCGCCCUUCCAUGAUGCAACAGCUGCUGAGACGUCUGGUGUUUGAUGUUCCCCUGCUGACAGAGUACUGCAAGAUGCCACUCAGGCUGCUGACUGAACACUAUGAGCAGAGCUGGAAGUACUACUGUCUUCCCUCGGGGCUGGGGAGCUCCGGCAUGGCCUCAGAGGAAGAACUGCUGCUCACCAAAAAACUCUUCUGGGGAAUAUUCGACUCGCUCUCAACAAAGAGGUUUGACUCUGACCUGUUCAAGACUGCCAUGGCCUGCUUGAGUGCCAUUUCUGGGGCAUUACCGCCUGACUAUAUGGAUGCCAGCCCCGGUGUCAUCCUGGAGAAGCAGGCGUCUGUGGACACACACGGCAACUUCGACCCCAAACCCAUUAACACUGCCAAUAUCUCCCUUCCAGAGAAACUGGACUACAUCGCCAACAAGUUUGCAGAGCAUUCCCACGUCAAAUGGUCCUCAGAGAAGGUGACAGCGGGAUGGAAAAUGGGAGACUGUGUAGAUGAUGAUACCAAAACUCACCCUCUGCUGAAGCCUUACAAGUCACUGAGUGAGAAGGAGAGGGAGACGUACCGCUGGCCAGUGAAGGAGUCUCUAAGGAGUAUGUUAGCUUUGGGCUGGAACAUGGAGAGGACCAAGGAGGGAGAGGCCAUGUUAAUCAGGAAACAAAGCAAGAUCUCAGAGUCUACUCAGGACAACGAUAACGAAUCCAUCCCUGAACCACCACUGGAUCUGAACAAUAUUACUCUAUCCAGAGAGUUGCAGGGGAUGGUGGAGGUAGUAGCAGAGAACUACCACAACAUCUGGGCCAAGAAGAAGAAGGCUGAGCUGAGUAGUAAAGGAGGAGGAAGCCACCCAUUGCUGGUGCCCUAUGACACUCUGACAGCCAAGGAGAAAUACAGAGACCGAGAGAAGGUCCAAGAUCUCUUUAAAUUUCUUCAGAUCAAUGGAUACACUAUCACCAGAGGCCUGAAGGACGUGGAGCAAGACUCAUCGUCCAUGGAGAAGAGGUUUGCUUACACGUUCCUCAAGAGGUUGCUGAAGAAUGUGGACUCGGCUCAGGAGUUCAUCGCCCACCUAGAGGCCAUGGCCACCAGCGGAAAGACAGACAAAUCGCCUCACGAUCAGGAAAUCAAGUUCUUCGCCAAGGUGCUGCUACCUCUCAUAGACAUGUACUUUAAGAACCACAGCAUGUACUUCCUGUCCUCGCCCAGUAAGAACCUGAGCAGCAGUGGCUACGCCUCUAACAAAGAGAAGGAGAUGAUCACCAGCCUGUUCUGUAAGAUGGCAGCUCUUGUCAGACACAGGAUUUCCCUCUUUGGGAGCGACUCGGCUAUUAUGGUGAGCUGUCUACACAUCCUGGCUCAUUCCCUGGACACAAGGACGGUGAUGAAGUCAGGCUCAGAGAUGGUGAAGGCUGGGGUCAGGACAUUAUUUGAGAAUGCAGCGGAGGACCUAGAGAAGACUCUGGAGAUGCUGAAGCUGGGGAAGUUCAGCCAGUCCCGGAGCCACAUGAAGGGCUUGUCCCAGAACAUCACCUACGCCACCACCGCUCUGCUGCCCAUCCUCACAGCCCUGUUCGAACAUGUCACCAUGCACAACUUUGGAGUCGGCCUGCUGGUGGAUGAUGUCCAGCUGUCGUGCUAUCGCAUUGUGACGUGUCUCUACUCAUUGGGCACGGGGAAACACAUCUUCAUGGAGAGGCACCUUCCAGCCCUAGGGGAGUGUCUGGCCACCCUGGUAGGAGCCAUGCCUGUAGCUUUCCUGGAGCCUGAUCUCAAUGCUCACAACCCCCUGUCUGUCUUCAACACCAAGACACCGCGAGAGAGGGCCAUCUUGAGUAUGCCUGACUCUGUGGAGGAGAUGUGUUCAGAGGUGCCUCGUCUGGAUCGCCUUCUGAAGGACAUCAACGACAUCUCAGAGUCUGGAGCACGAUACACAGAGAUGCCACAGGUGAUUGAGGUGAUCCUGCCCAUGUUGUGUAACUACUUGUCCUAUUGGUGGGAGAGAGGAACAGAGAACUCUGCUCCACACACCGCCUGCUGCACCACCGUGUGCUCCAACCACCUCAGCAUCAUCCUGGGGAACAUCCUCAAGAUCCUCAACAACAACCUGGGCAUCGAUGACGCUCCCUGGAUGAAGAGGAUCGCAGUCUACUCUCAGCCAAUCAUCUGUAAGGCUGCAGCAGACCUCCUGAAGAGUCACUUCCUGCCCACUCUAGAGAAACUCAGGAAGAAGACAGUCAAGGUGGUGGCAGAGGAGGAGCUGCUGAAGGCUGACAUUAAAGGAGAUACUCAGGAAGCUGAGCUUCUCAUUCUGGAUGAGUUUGCUGUCCUCUGCAGAGACCUGUACGCCUUCUACCCAAUGCUCAUCCGCUACAUGGACAACAACAGGUCCAGAUGGUUGAAGAGGCCUGAUGCUCAGUCCAACGAGCUCUUCACCAUGGUGGCUGAGAUCUUCAUUCUCUGGUGCAAAUCACACAACUUCAAAAGGGAAGAGCAGAACUUUGUGGUUCAGAAUGAAAUCAACAACCUGUCUUUCUUGACUGGGGAACGUAAGACCAAGAUGUCCAAGUCAGGUGGUGACCAGGAUAGGAAGCACAAGAAGCGGCGUGGAGAGUUGUACUCUGUCCAGACCUCUCUGAUCGUAGCCGCACUGAAGAAGAUGCUGCCCAUCGGACUCAACAUGUGCACCCCAGGAGACCAGGAGCUCAUCUCAUUGGCCAAGAUAAGAUACAGUCUGAAAGACACAGACGAUGAGGUGAAGGAUCACUUGCGUGAGAACCUACAUCUUCAGGACAAGUCUGAUGACCUGGCAGUGCAGUGGCAGAUGAACCUGUAUAAGGAUGUGGUGGUGGUGGGGAGUGAGGAACAUGCAGACCCAGAACAAACUGUGGACAGAAUACAAAACAUCUCCGCUGCAGUCUUUCACCUGGAGCAGGUGGAGCAGCCUCUGAGGAUGAAGAAAUGUGUGUUUCAGAAGCUGCUGUCCAAACAGCGGAAACGCGCCGUGGUGGCCUGCUUCCGAAUGGCUCCUCUCUACAACCUCCCCAGGCAUCGUUCUAUUAAUCUCUUCGUGUUGGGCUAUGUGAGACUAUGGAUAGAGACAGAGGAGUACUCCUUUGAGGAGAAGCUAGUGCAGGACCUAGCAAAAACCCCAAUGAAGAUCGUGGAGGAGGAGGAAGAGGAGGAGGUUGAGAUCCAGCCAGACCCUCUUCAUCAGCUUAUCCUUCACUUCAGCCACAACGCCCUCACAGAGAGAAGCUUCCUGGAAGAAGAUCCGUUAUAUAUUGCGUAUGCAGACAUGAUGGCAAAGAGUUGUGCAGAGGAUGAAGAGGAGGAAGAAGAGGAAGAGGGGAAAGAGAAGACAUUUGAGGAGAAGGAGAUGGAGAAACAGAAGAUCUUGUACCAGCAGGCCAGGCUCCACGCCCGCGGGGCUGCUGAGAUGGUGCUACAGAUGAUCAGCGCCAGUAAAGGUCGACUAGGUCCUAUGGUGACCUGCACCCUCAAACUGGGCAUCUCCAUCCUCAACGGAGGCAACGUGCUGGUCCAGCAGAAAAUGCUGGAUUAUCUGAAAGAGAAAAGAGAUGCAGGCUUUUUCAAGAGUUUGUCAGGCCUCAUGCAGUCCUGCAGUGUCCUGGACUUAAAUGCCUUUGAGAGACAGAACAAAGCGGAAGGUCUGGGGAUGGUGACAGAUGAAGGAUCCUGUUCCAAAGUGCUGACGAAUGAUGACUUCACCAAAGAUCUCUUCAGGUUUUUACAACUGCUCUGUGAGGGGCACAAUGGGGAUUUCCAAAACUUCCUGAGAACACAAACAGGAAACACGUUGACAGUCAACAUUAUCAUCAGCACAGUGGACUACCUGCUACGGCUUCAGGAAUCUAUCAGUGACUUCUACUGGUAUUAUUCUGGGAAAGACAUUAUCGACGAGGCAGGGCAGGUCAACUUCUCCAAAGCCUUAGCUGUCGCGAAGCAGAUCUUCAACUCGCUCACUGAGUACAUCCAGGGCCCAUGUAUUGGGAACCAGCAGAGUCUGGCCCACAGCAGACUGUGGGAUGCGGUGGUGGGAUUCCUGCAUGUUUUUGCCAACAUGCAGAUGAAGCUGUCCCAGGACUCGUGUCAGAUUGAGCUGCUGAAGGAGUUGAUGGAUCUUCAGCAGGACAUGGUGGUGAUGAUGCUGUCACUGCUGGAGGGCAACGUGGUAAAUGGAACGAUUGGAAAGCAGAUGGUGGACACUCUGGUGGAGUCCUCCAGCAACGUAGAGAUGAUCCUCAAGUUCUUUGACAUGUUCCUCAAGAUCAAGGACCUGACCACCUCUGACAACUUCAGGGAGUACGACCCCGAUAACAAGGGGGUCAUCUCCAAAAAAGAUUUCCAGAAGUCCAUGGAGAACCAGAAGCAGUACACCCAGUCGGAGAUUGAGUUCCUCCUCUCCUGCGCUGAGGCCGACGAGAAUGACAUGUUCAACUACGAGGAGUUUGUGGAGCGGUUCCACGAGCCGGCCAAAGACAUUGGCUUCAACAUAGCUGUGCUGCUCACUAACCUCUCUGAACACAUGCCUCAUGACCCCCGUCUGGCCACCUUCCUGGAACCAGCUGAGAGCGUGCUGAACUACUUCGAGCCGUACCUGGGCCGCAUCGAGAUCAUGGGCGGAGGGAAGCGCAUCGAGAGGGUCUACUUUGAGAUCAGCGAGUCCAGUCGUACACAAUGGGAGAAGCCACAGGUCAAAGAGUCCAAGAGACAGUUCAUCUUCGACGUGGUCAACGAGAGUGGAGAGAGCGAGAAGAUGGAGAUGUUUGUGAACUUCUGCGAAGACACCAUCUUUGAGAUGCAGCUGGCGUCUCAGAUCUCGGAGCCAGAAGUGGCGGAGCGCCUGGAGGAGGAAGAGGAGGAGGUGCACAACUUGCUAGAAGAGCUGGCUGAGCAAGAGGAGGAGAGAGAGUUGGAGGCUUCCUCGGCUUUCACCAUGGUCUGUGUCGCCGCCAAGAAGAAGAUCUCCAACUUCCGACAGAUGCUGACCUUCAAGACCCUCAAGAAGCAGUACAAGAAGACCAAGAAGCUGAGCAUGAAGGAGGUGAUCAUUGGGUUCUUCUCCUUUUUCUGGACGCUCUUCGCAGGGUUCUUCAAGGGGAUCUACAGCCUCAUCUUCGGAUUCUUCCACCUCAUCUGGUCAUCCAUGUUCGGAGGCGGCCUCGUCGAAGGAGCCAAGAACAUGAAGGUGACAGACAUCUUGGGCAACAUGCCCGAUCCCACCCAGUUCGGUAUCCACGGCGACGUGUUGGAGACGGAAAAGGUGGAGGUGGGUGAUUCUGUGUCGGGCGGGACAGACCAGGCCAUCAAACCGUCGGACAAGGCAGAGCAGGACAUCUUGAUGGAGAUGAUUAAUCCCACGCCAAAGAAAGGGGAAGGGUUAAAACAUGUUGAUCCUGGACUGGGAGACGUCUCUGAAACUCCUGAGACCACCACCACUGUGGAGAAGAAGAAAGCUGCUUCUGAACCAAAGGAGUUGGAACCAGAGAAAGCAGACACAGAGAAGAAGGAAAAGGAAGACAAGGUCAAGGCGGAGCAGCCUAAAGAGGAAGUGGCUCAGGAUAAGCCCGUUCCCAAGUCCAGAAACAGCCAAUCAAAGGAGGCUCCUACUUCCUUCUUUGCCAGCUUCUUGGCUGGGCUCGAGGUCUACCAGGCCAAGAUGCUGAACACGUUGGCUCGGAACUUCUACAACAUGCGUUUCCUGGCUCUGUUUGUGGCGUUUGCCAUCAACUUCAUUCUACUGUUCUACAAGGUGACUGCUGCUGAGGAUGAUGAGGAUGACUCUUGGACUAGUUCUGAUGAUGAUGAUGAUGAUGAAGGUGGCGAGGAGUACUUUGUCCUGGAGGAGAGUACAGGCUACAUGGCUCCUAUUCUGUGUUUCCUGGCUGUGUUCCACACUGCCCUCUCUAUCCUGUGUUUGGUUGGCUACUACUUUCUCAAGGUGCCUCUGGUGGUGUUUAAGAGAGAGAAGGGGAUCGCCAGGCUGUUGGAGUUUGAAGGUCUCUACAUCACAGAGCAGCCGGCAGACGAUGACAUCACGGGCCAGUGGGACCGCCUCGUCAUCAACACCCCAUCCUUCCCCAAUAACUACUGGGACAAGUUUAUCAAACGGAAGGUCAUUAAUAAGUAUGGAGACCUGUAUGGAGCUGAGCGGAUAGCUGAGCUGUUGGGUCUGGAUAAGAGCGCCCUGGACUUCGACCCUACUCAGGAGACCGUGGUGGAGGCGGCUUCUCUUGUAUCCUGGUUGAGCUCUAUUGACACCAAGUACCACAUCUGGAAAAUGGGAGUGGUGCUGACUGAUAACUCGUUCCUGUACCUGAUCUGGUACGCCACCAUGUCCAUCCUGGGGCACUAUAACAACUUCUUCUUCGCUGCCCAUCUGCUGGACAUCGCCAUGGGCUUCAAGACCCUCCGGACCAUCCUGUCCUCCGUCACUCACAACGGAAAACAGUUGGUGCUGACUGUAGGCCUGUUGGCGGUGGUGGUGUAUCUGUACACUGUAGUGGCCUUCAACUUCUUCAGAAAGUUCUACAACAAGAGCGAGGAUGAGGACGCACCUGACAUGAAGUGUGACGACAUGAUGACUUGCUAUCUGUUCCACCUGUACGCGGGGGUGAGGGCCGGCGGUGGUAUCGGUGAUGAGCUCGAGGACCCGGCCGGAGACCCCUACGAGCUGUGGCGUAUCCUCUUCGACAUCACCUUCUUCUUCUUCGUCAUCGUCAUCCUCCUGGCCAUCAUUCAGGGUUUGAUUAUUGAUGCGUUUGGGGAACUGAGAGACCAGCAGGAGCAGGUGAAGGAGGAUAUGGAGACUAAAUGCUUCAUCUGUGGAAUUGGAAACGACUACUUUGACACAACACCCCACGGCUUUGAGACCCACACCUUACAAGAACACAACCUGGCCAACUACCUCUUCUUCCUGAUGUACCUCAUCAACAAGGACGAGACUGAACACACUGGUCAGGAGUCGUAUGUGUGGAAGAUGUACCAGGAGAGAUGCUGGGACUUCUUCCCUGCUGGGGACUGUUUCAGGAAGCAGUAUGAGGACCUGCUUGGGUAGAGAGGACAGCUAACACUACCCAGCUACUCUCCAACCCUACCUUGAGAGAGAACACCUAAAACUACAUUAGCUAGCUACCCUACCUGUGUAGAGAGGACACUUAACACUUCCCAUUUACCGUAAAGCACUGUCUGUAUUUGAGAGACAAGUCUACUCAAAAACCCUACAUCCUAUCUGAGGCAGCCUUCUUACAUCACUUAAACAACAUUUAAUGGGUAGAGGACACCAGAACACAACCCUACAACACUAUCUGGGUAGAACACUACAACACUAUCUGGGUAGAGGGCACCAGAACACUACCCCACAACACUAUCUGGGUAGAGAGGACACCAGAACACUACCCUACAACACUAUCUGGGUAGAGGGCACCAGAACACUACCCCACAACACUAUCUGGGUGGAGGACACCAGAACACUACCCUACAACACUAUAUGGGUAGAGGACACCAGAACACAACC